CAAGACUUAAAUUUUGUGCAAUAACACCAUUGCAGCCUUUGCAGGCACCAGCAUUUCAUCCCCUUCGGUCUUCAUACAAAUUCCACGCAGAUCUCACCAUGUACAGUCCAAAACAACCCACUUCAAGAUCCCUCCUUUUCUUCACACUCAUUAUCCUACUCACCACACUCUCAUUCUCGUCUGACCCCACCACACUCGAUGACGACAGUGAUGGUGACGUGGAAGACCUUGAAGAACUGAUAGCCCUAGACGAGGAAUCAGAAGAAGGAAAGCCCUCUUCUGGGGCUGAGAUUCUUAGCAGAGCUCAGAGAAUAGUGACUGAGCUUAACAAUGAUAACUCAAAGAGUGCGAUUGGUGGGAAUGAGUUUGUUCUGGUCAUGGGUUAUGCCCCAUGGUCCCAGACAAGUGCGGAGCUUAUGCCUAAAUUUGCGGAGGCCGCAAAUGCCCUUAAGGAAUGGGGAAGUCCCAUAGUGAUGGCCAAGAUUGAUGCUGAGAGGUACCCUAAGGUUGCUUCCAAUCUAGGGAUCAAGGGGUUCCCAACAUUGCUUCUUUUUGUCAAUGGCUCUUCUCAACCUUACACUGGUGGAUUUUCUGUGGAAGAAAUUGUGGUUUGGGCAAAGAAGAAGACAGGUGAACCUGUUUUUAGGAUUAAUUCCAUUAAUGAGGUUGAUGGGGUUCUGAAGAACCAUUCUAUGUUUGUAGUUGGGCUAUUUGAGAAUUUUGAGGGACCUGAUUAUGAAGAGUACAUAAAAGCUGCAGAAGAAGACAAUGAGAUCCAAUUUGUUGAAACUAGCAGUUUAGAGAUUUUCAAGGCUUUGUUUCCUGAUGUCAAGCCCACUAAACAUUUUGUAGGUCUAGUCAAAAGUGAACCUGAAAAGUACACUUCAUUUGAAGGAACCUUGAAAGCUGAUGAAAUCCUGCAGUUUUUAGAAGAUAACAAGUUCCCCCUAGUCAGUGUGAUAACUGAACUUAAUUCUGCGAAAGUUUUCUCCAGCUCUAGAAAACUCCAGGUAUAUGUCUUUGCUGUUCCAGCUGAAUUCGAGAAACUCCUUCAACCCUUGCAAGAUGUUGGAAGGAAGUUCAAAUCUAAGAUCAUGCUGAUAUAUGCAGAUAUAAGAGAGGACAACCUUGUGAAGCCCUUUGUGACUAUGUUUGGUCUAGAAGAACCCAAGGGCACUGUGGUUAGUUUCUUUUAGCUGCAUAUUUGAGGGUCCGUUUGGUAAGAGUUAUUUGGCUGAAGUGUGUCUGCAUGUGCUGAACUUUCUGAAUUGAAAAUGUCUGGUAAUCUCCAUUUCAGCCAAACAAUUAUGACAAAAGCUACUUAUCUUCUAUUAUACAAAAGCAAAAGAAAAUUUACACAAUGUUCCCGCUCAAAAACAUCACAUCAAUGGGUUGGGCUGGGUCUAAAGCGGGUUGGGUUGGAUCUGCAGCGGGUCAGAUUGGGUCUACAGCAGGUUCGGUCGGGUCCUCAUAGCUUUGCUGACAAUGUUGUGUCAAAAUGGGUAGGCUGGGUCGGUUGUGUGGCUCGAUGCAAGCUUUAGUUUGUGUCAUUGUGUGGCUCUAUGCUUGCUUCAGUUUGUUUGGCUCGAUGCCAUUUAAAAAUUAAAAAACUGAGCCUAACCUUAUGUGCAUUAAAUACAUCGUACUAUGGUGGUCAUUUCAAGUUUGCAUAGUAGAAGCUUUUUCUGUUUUAAAGCUGAAUUAUUGUGCAUUAGCUUUUGUACUAUGAACAGUGUCUACAUCCUUUCUACUGUUUCACAUUUGUACUAUGAAGAUCUCUGGAGAAAAAAAAUACUUCCUCCGUUCUUAAAUAAAUGUAACAGUCAACAUUUCACAUUUGCCAAGGUACAACUUUGACCAUUAAUAUAUAUAAUUCUCGAUUAGUAAAAAAAGUUUAAAAAAUAAAUUUUGAAAAUUUAUAAUGAGAAAAAUUUAACAAUAUUUUUUUCAAAAAUAUAUAUUACUCCCUCUGUCCUCCUAAGUUUGGGACGGAGGGGUGUGGUGUGGUUUUUAAGAAAAAGUGGAAUUAUGUGGUUGAUAUUGAAUUGAUAAAAUGUAAAUAAAAUAAGAAUGAAUUCUAACCACUCCAAUGUUACUAAAUAUGGUAUGGGACAAACUUAGUGGGACGAACCAAAAAGAUAAAACGGGACAAACUUAAGGGGACGGAGAGAGUAUUACAUUAAUAAAUAAAACGUAGUCAAAGUAGAACAUGUAAAUAGUGCAAAAAGUCCAACGUUGCAUUUAAAAGAGAACGGAGGUAAAUAUUAGACUAAAGAUUGAAUAAACAUUGAAGGCAUGGUACAUUUGUACUAUAUAGCAUUAAAUGAUUUGUACUAAAAAUCUUAGACUAAAGAUUGUGAAGUUCAAAUGAACCGUUGGUUAAAAACCACUCCUACGGUUUCAAACCAUGACUUGUGCAACUAUAAAUACUCUCAAAGUGUAUUUCAACACCACUAGAAAUACACACCAAUGGAACAAUGGGAGUGAGCUUAAUAUGAGCUCUCUACAGAUUGAAGUAUAAAUACAACCCAAAGGUGAGUGAGCUUAAAAUUUUCAUGAACAGGAUAGCAGGCUCUUCUGGCUAGCGGGCUGGCAGAACACACAGUUCUGCAACAAGCAACAGAGUUCAAAAUAAUGAAACAUACGGAGUAUAAGAGAAUAGAUAACACUCUGGACUCAGGAGCAUGUAUCAUCAAAUAAUACUCCGUAUAGAAUAAGACAUACAGAUGUUAGUAUGUAUGUGUAAUAUACAUUUUUUAGUGGAUAAAUAAAAACUUUAGAACGUAUAGAAAUAUAUAUGUAAACACUACUGUUUUAAUACAAAACUGUGAGUGGCCACGUUAAUAAAAGAAGCCAACAUUCUAAAAUCAAACCACUGCUUGGCAAACCCUGUUACAGAAUACAGAGCAUAAAACGGACAUGCCAGGAAAUAGAAAUUCGUACACUUUAACAGCCAAUUGCUAAUCAGAUUUCCAAACGUCGGCAAGGGUGUGUUCUGGAAGGCGUGUUCCUGGAUAAAGACAAAUGUUCAAGAGAAAGAAAGAUAAACAGAACAAACGUCUAAGAGAAAAAAAGGCGAACAUGUUAGGUUUGAACGUGAUGAAGGACCGUUGGUCUAACGGAGAUGACGGACCGAUGGUCCGAAGGUGAUGACAAAAUAUGACGAG